GCCUUUUUGGUUUUGGGUUAGCAACUCUGAGCUGCUUAUAAAUACAGAAGGUUUGGGCAAAGUGGUCUCACCAAAAAUUAACACACUGAUAUUUUCAGCUCCUCUUUUUCAGACGAAAAUUAAUUGAACAAUAUCAUAAAAUUCCAGAAGAAGAAUUUGUAAUUAUCAUGUCAUCCGAUAACUGUUCAGGCGAUAUCGAUUUAUUUUCCGGCGAAAUGUCUGAGACUGAUAUCCAAGUCGUCACCUCCGGCGGCCUUCGUAUUCCCGCACAUUCCGCCGUUCUGGCUUCUUCUUCGACGGUUCUGGAGAACAUACUAGUUCGGCCGGAAAAGCUGCGGAGCUCUGAGAGAACGAUUCGGAUUCUAGGCGUGCCGUGCGACGCCGUUUCCGUGUUCAUCCGGUUUCUCUAUUCUUCUAAGUGCACUGAAGAGCAGAUGGAGAGACAUGGGAUUCAUCUGCUAGCACUUUCUCAUGUGUACUUGGUACCACAGCUCAAGCAGAGAUGCACAAAGGGGUUGGCCAAGCGAUUGACCAUUGAAAAUGCAGUGGAUGUGCUUCAACUUGCAAGAUUAUGUGAUGCACCAGAUCUAUACCUCAGGAGUAUGAAAUUUUUGUCUAGCAAUUUCAAGAAAGUUGAGGAGACUGAGGGCUGGAAAUUCCUUCAAGAUCAUGACCCUUUGCUUGAACUUGAAAUCCUACAGUUCAUGGAUGAGGCUGAGUUGCGGAAAAAGAGGACAAGGAGACACAAACGGGAGCUCAGCUUGUAUUUACAGCUGAGUGAAGCUAUGGAUUGUUUGGAGCACAUUUGCACAGAAGGAUGUACUAGUGUGGGGCCAUGCGAUAAGGAACCUUCCUACGAGACGCAGCCAUGUAGCAAGUUUGAUACCUGCCAAGGGCUUCAGCUUCUGAUUCGCCAUUUUGCUACUUGUAAGAGAAGGACCAAUGGAAGUUGUUUGCGAUGCAAGCGCAUGUGGCAGAUCCUAAGAUUGCACUCAUCCAUUUGUGACCAACCAAAUGAUUGCCGGGUUCCCCUUUGCAGACAAUUCAAGUUGAAGGUGCAACAAAGGGGCGAUGACGAUCUGUGGAAAUCACUUGUUAGAAAGGUGGUGUCAGCCAGGGCCAUGUCUUCACUAUCUCUGCCCAAAAGAAAGAGAGUGGAUGAACCAAAAAUGGACUUAGGCCAUCAUGAAGUGAUGAACUUUAGGUUGGCUGCUUAGUGUCAAUGGUUAGAAAGGUUUCAUAUCCUUAGGUAAAAUCAAUCUUUGUAAAUGUACCAUCUAUGGAAUGGCAGUUUGUUUUUACCAUUACAUGUGUCCUACUGUAGAGGCCUAUUCUAUAUUUUAUUCGAGUCGGUCCUUUAGUAGAUGAAGAGUAUCAACUAUCUACAGAAGAGUUGUAUGAAAAAAGAAUAGUGUACAACUACUGGGUGGUGGUAUUGAGUGUAUUUCUUCAGUUUGUUUAAUAAAUUAUUAGUCAUAUGCUUCAAA